UGACAAAAUGGAACCCACCAGCAGUGUGAGGAGACCUGAAAGUGGCACAUGGCAGAGUGUGGCGAUGGAGACAGCAGCAAUGGGAGGCCGUACAGGGACCCAUGAGACACUCUGGACCUGGCAGCAGCAAGGGAGAGGCGAUUACAGGGCCCAUGGCAGAUUACGGGCGUAAGCAAUGGUGAGGCCCGUUAAUCUGCCAGCACCCUAUGACAAAAGGCCACCAGCAGUGUGUUGAAAACAUGGCAGAGUUAACAUGUUUGGGGCAUGAUUCAUGG